GCCAGUUUGUGUCCAGUUCGUCACUGUUGUGUGGCCUUGUGCGUUGUGCUACUUGAGCUAUCUGCGCAUUGUUUUCCGAUUCUUCCUAGUUCCGUGCUCGUCGAUCACGCUCGAUCCACUGGAUCUCCGUGGACCGCGCUACUGUGGUUUCUGGGUUACUAAAACCAUCGAACGAAAAUAGUGAGAAAAGUGAACUGAUCCGGUCUUGCUGCGUGUCUUGUCAUAAGUACUGAGUGACGUGUGAGAGGAGGUACUUCGCUCCUGUCGGGUCUUCUGUGGUGUCAGAUCUGCGCCUCUCUUUGCAUGAGGAAGACAGAGGACCUCCACGGUUUGAUGCUGUCUGGUGGAGCUAUACCAGGAUCCGAAGCUUAAUGUAGAUCGAAGAAACAAACGCGGCACAAUAUCUCUCCGACCGGCGGUACUGUUUCUGUACGUUCCCGAGGCACGACUGGUGGAGCUGGAAAAAUUCGGCCCCCACCGUUGCUACUGCUACCCGUGAGCAUGAGCGUCGUGGUCGUCGUUCCGGUAGCCUAUCGUUACACUUGGAAUCGCGAGAUCGUGUUCAACUCCCAGAAGUUGGUGAAAAGACGACUGGCGCUUCCGGUUGCUGGCUGUCUGUGCUGAGUCCUUGCGCGAGCGUACUGGCCAAUAGGGAGCGACAAAGAAGAGCGUGUAAGAGCAAGAGAAAUAGUGAGUGAUAGAGAGAGAGAGAGAGUCCAGUAUCGUGAGGAGACAGGCAACCCAGAGGCUAACGGCUAAGAUCAAACCGCCGAAAUCGGACAUACUCAAACAAAAAUCAAGAAUCUUCUGCUCACCUCUAGUAGUUUCGUACAGACACAACAUCGAAAGUAGGUAACCUAAUCACCUACACUACAGAGUGACAAAACAAGAACAGGGUUUUAUCUAUCUCUCUUUUCUUUAACAUCUCUUAUAUAUAACACGAAUCAGAAUAACUAAAUAUAGGAAAGCAAGGAAAAAGAGAGCGUAAGUUUUUAACAGCGCAAGUGCGAUAUAUAAAAUCUACCGUCGUUAACAAAAAAAGAAUCACAAUAGAAUAAGAGCACAUAUGCUUUGUUGGUAUAGUUUUUGGUACGCAUUAGUCCGUAGUCUGUGAUUAAAAAUUGCUGUGCGUUUAUUGUUUUUAUUCAUAGUUUUUUUUUCUGUUUGCGUGCAAAAACAUUACCUUGCGUGUCAAGAAUCGAAUCGAAUUUAUCCCCAACCUGACGCCGUCUCUCCAAUCUUAUAUCAUCCUUUCGAACAAGGGUUCUCAGAGACGCAGAGUCUGUCUUGGUUGAACUUUUUCGUCGGUGUGUGGGACAAAGAAAAGUGAGCGGGACGCGUCCACGAGAAGCACAGUUCCGUGCUAUCGUGUGUUUUUUUGGCACGCACUUGCAACAACUGUAGUCACUUUCGAAACUUGUACUAGGUUAUUAGAUCCCUUUUGUUGGAAAUCCCUGGCGGAUAGAAAGAGUAGUACGGCACACUAGAAGUGUGUUUUUUUUUAUAACGAUAAGGAGGUUUACCUUCACGAUAUAUUCGAUAGUUUUUCUGCCAUUUUCGUUUUAGUUAGGAAUUUAGUUUCGCUUGAGAUUUGUAAGUUGUCCGAAAAGCGCUUGGGCACUGUCGAAUAUUGAUACUGCAACAACGUGUCCGUUGGGCUGUAACGAACACACUUGAAAGCCGGAAACGCAAUUAAUUACUUAUCGCGCUUUGAAGACUGUGGAUCAGGCCAUUGUGGAUCAGGUCAUUGUGGAUCAGGUGCACGGCGCGUAGGAAGUUAACGAGGUAGCAAAAGAACUAUAAAAGCCAUAUUUUGGUCAAACCGAUCGAAGAACGAACGGGUGAAAGGAGAACCGCCUUGCGAAAAAGGAAAAGGAUCGCACUGAAAAAGUGCGAUAAUUAAAAACCAGUUCAACGACUUUGCGCAAGGACUUCCACACAGACAGCACCAGUGAGACACCCGACAGUACCGUUCAGUCAGUCCAGCAAUUCACCAGACAUCGGCGAUAUUGCAGCGACCAAAAUGAACGUCUAUGAUCCAUGGUACGAUGAUAAACUGAAGCAAUCCAGCGCGUCGCCGCCGUUCGGUAGCUACGUGCCGCUGCCGGCCGUUAUCGAGGAUGGUUCGUUCACGUUCCUGCCGGAGGAGAAGCCCAAGAACACCGAGGAGCUGCUGAUGGAGUUCGAUUACGUGUAUGGCAGCGUGGAGCUCAACCAUCUGACGCCACCGCAGACCCCGCCGCAAAGUGUGGCGGCGGUCAGUGGAACCGGUUGCCUACCGAUUCCAGCACUCCAAACUGUUCUAAUGCCACAGUCGCAGCCGCAACAGUUUCAGCUAUCGUACGUUCCGCAACUCAAUCAGCAGCUACCGAUGCAACAACAGCAACUGUCCUUCCUGAACCCAUCUGAUUACUACACUGUGAAUGAGUAUGCCACUGCAGUGCAAACCCCGCAGCAGCAGCAGCAGCAGCAACAACCGGAACCACCGCAGCAAGUACCGGGCUUCGGCGGGGCUGAGUACGGUCUCGGCGGAACGACCGGAUACAGCCCGCAGCAGAUGGAAGAGGUGAUGCAGGACAUCGUCCGAAGUGUGCAGCUGGAAGCGGAAACACUGCGGCAGCAGGAACAACUGCUUGGUAACGACAACGAGGAGGACGAUGAUGAAGACUCGUGCAGCUUUUCCGAAACUGGUUCGAUCGAUAGUGGCCGCUGCUCGUCAGCGGUUUCCCACUCGCCCGCCUACAGCGAUUCCGCAGACUCGUCCUACUACGGCUCGUCGUCGUAUGGGCGUGAUUGCGACGAGGACUGGAGCCCGGCAAAGAGUAAGAAGCUGAACCUGAGCAGCAGCGCCGGUGGGUCAGUGUCCAAGAAGCGCACCCGUCCGCACGGCCGUGGCACCGAGGAUAAAAAAUCGCGAAAGAAAGAGCAAAACAAGAAUGCGGCCACCCGUUACCGGCAGAAGAAGAAGGCGGAAAUCGAAGAGAUUCUUAUUGAGGAGAGUAAGCUACGCGAAAGGAAUGACGAACUGAAAAGCAAAUCAGCCGAUCUGGGGCGCGAAGUGCGCUAUCUGAAGAAAUUGAUGCGCGAGUUGUGCCAGGCUAAGGGUUUGAUCUGAGUUGGCACCCCGCUCAACAUUAUUUUUAUACUUUUUAUAUUUCAUUGCAACACAAAUAUCAGAAUCACCCAAACCCGCAGGAGAGGAACAAAAUCCUCAGUUGAAAAUUCACAAAACCAUUAAACACAAAAAAACACAAAACAUAAAUACAUUACUUUGCGUACCUUCUAUAGUAGACAGUAGAAUCGUGUGGGUCGUACCAGAAUUGCGAUG